AGAUAUUAGAUAAUUAAAACAAAACACAAAACAAGCCAUUUUACUUACAUUAACAUGGCAUUUAUAGAUUUGUUUGUUGUAGCACUGAUUCCGGUUUUGAAGACGCUUCUUAUCACCGCGGUAGGGUUACUACUAGCGAUUGACCGCGUUAAUAUCUUGGGUGACGCUGCUCGACACCAUCUUAACAACGUUGUGUUUUAUGUCUUCAUUCCAGCACUUGUUGGUGGAAGCCUUGCUGAUACUGUCACAGCUAGCAGCCUCGUUUCUUUAUGGUUCAUGCCAGUGAACAUUCUCCUCACAUUUAUAAUCGGAUCAGCACUCGGUUGGAUUCUUGUCAAAAUCACCAGAACUCCAGAACACUUGCAUGGUCUAGUAAUCGGUUCAUGUGCUGCAGGUAACCUUGGGAACUUGCUUCUGAUCAUCAUUCCGGCUGUCUGUGAAGAGAAUAACAGCCCAUUUGGUGACAAGUUGACUUGCUCGACUAAUGGGCAAGCUUUAGUUUCCCUCUCUAUGGCGAUUGGAGCGGUUUAUAUUUGGACUUAUGUUUACAACAUUAUUCGGGCAUAUGGGAACUUGAGUGGCAAAGACAUUGCAAAAGCAUCAACUAUCAGCCUUGAUUGUUCGGGAAAAACUUUGGAUAUGUUCAAUGAAAGUUAUACAGAGGCAUUGAUACAAUCUCGUCGCUCGAGUUUUGAAGAUUGUGAAGCUCCUGAUGAUCAAAGUUCCGAAGAGGAAUAUGACACUGUGACUGGGUUGGAAGACGAAGAAGGGAAAAAGGUGAACGUGUUAACGAAGAUUACACAGCAAGUUGAUGAGUUUUUUGACAAGAUCAACCUCAAGAUGUGGUUAACACCUUCUACCAUUGCCACGAUCGUUGGGCUUCUGAUAGGAGUUAUCUCUCCGAUUAGAAAGCUAAUGAUCGGGGAUGAUGCACCCCUUCGUGUUAUCGACAGUUCUGCAAAUCUUCUCGGUCAGGCUACAGUGCCAGCAAUGACAUUGAUAGUGGGAGCUAAUCUUUUAAAGGGUUUGAAGAAAUCGGGUGUAGGGCUCUGGCUCAUUAUAGGUAUUCUAGUGGUUCGUUAUGUCGCUUUGCCACUCAUGGGAAUUGCCAUUGUAAAAGCUGCACAUCAUGUUGGAUUUGUGGGAUCGGAUUCGCUAUAUCAGUUUGUUCUUAUGAUCCAAUACUCACUUCCACCCGCGAUGGCUAUUGGUACAAUAACACAAUUGUUUGAGGUGGGUGAAAGCGAGUGUUCCAUAAUUAUGCUAUGGACUUAUGCGGUGGCAUCAAUUUCUCUCACGCUGUGGUCCACCUUUUUCAUGUGGCUAGUCACUUGAUGUUACACUACAUCGUGUGUUUUGUGAUUAUAUAUCUAUAUAUGAACGUAAUUUUAUAAGUAUAAACCCCAAGAAACUACUAUACAAUUUAUACAUAUAGAUUUGUUAUUUAUUUACUACUAUACGAUAAUUAAAGUGUAAAGCCAUAAAUCUGAUGCGCGGUUGCUGUUUUCACGGUGACAUGAUAUUCAGAUUUUUGUGCUUGUGGGAUGGAAAAUAUUGUUGAUGUUUGUAAGGAAAUAAAAUGUUGUUUGAA